CUACAGGCUAUUCGCACGUUUGGACUAUCCAAUUCAGCAGCCGUCUUGACAAUGGAGGAGGAUGAUCGACAUGCCGCUGGCAACACUUCUCCCAUUCAAAACUCUCAUCGCUCAUCUGCCCACGAGACCCCACAUGGUGAUCAUGGUAACACAGACGAGUUCAAUUUUGGCGAGGUCAUGGUGUUCCAGGCCAUUCACACCAUUGAAUACUGUCUUGGCUGUAUAUCCAACACAGCCUCCUACUUGCGACUUUGGGCACUCAGUCUCGCGCAUGCACAGCUCUCUGAAGUUCUUUGGGACAUGGUAAUGAUAAAUGGGCUUAAAGUCGACGGCUAUUUUGGUUGUGUCAUCCUCUUCUUCGUCUUCGCUGCUUGGGCAUGCCUGACUGUCGGCGUACUAGUUAUAAUGGAGGGAUUAUCAGCCUUUCUUCACGCCAUUCGUCUGCAUUGGUAG